AUGGAUAUGUUAUCGUCUCUGAUAAGCACACCAACUUCGCUAGCGAUCACCUACUUGUUAAUUGUUUUACACCAACUGCUGGUGCAUUGUGCAACGGUUGAUCUCGACUGGGUCUCCUCUAAUCCGCUGUUCCUGGCGUCAGGUUUGCGCAUAUUAAGGCGAGACGUUCGAAUCAACGACCGUAUUCGUUUCGCAUGUUCUCAAGAUGGGUCAGAACACGUUGCCAUUCACAGGGUGAGUGAACGAGAGGCAUUUUCGUGUCAACGUCUGUCGAGAUUCACCGAUGCACUCGUUGGAACGUGCACAAAAGCGAAUGAUUCCGUAAUCAUACGACUACGAGAAAUUCCAAUGCUGCCCAACGAACUCUCAUAUAAACCGAACAACGAUUACUAUUUCAUUUGUAAGCCAUACAAUCGCAUUGUUCUUUUAGAAUGCACCUACCAAAAGCAUUUGAGGGCAUUACGGCAGUCUACGAUGAAUACGAUAGACAGUGUUGAUGCCACAUCAACCGGGACGCCUGAAGGUCUUGAGAAUUUCAAUGGGGGUCUGUGUGCAUCGCAAAAAAUGCGAAUUCAGAUUCACGUCAACCCUCGAAUGGACUCGACCUCAGCAGCUAUUGAUCGAACGGGCACAUUGCGAUCACGUAUGCCUUGGGAAUAUAGGAGGUUUAUUGUAGGAGCGGAUGAUUCGUUCCCGAGCAGAGAGCAUAUAAUGGUGUUACCGGUAGAUUCGAGACAAUACCCUGUGCCAGUUAUGUACGUUCCAGUGAGCGCUUCGAAUGCGGAUUUGGAAAGUGAGGAUGGGAAACGCUUGCGAUUGCCUCAACAUUUGUACAUUCCGAACGGUCGUCUUCAGACCAGUCUCCUCGGCAAUGCGCGCAUUUUGGAUCAGACAGGUGUCAUCAACGAUGCAUCUGCCGACUAUUCCCAUCAUCGUCCACGCGUCAUAGUUCAACAUCGUUCCGAUCCGGCACUAACGCGUGAUGCAGGCAGAAGUGAUGCUGCGGGCAGCGAUCGUUUCGAUGCUCAAGAUGAACCGUUCAGACUGUUUGAAAGAUCCGAUGUACGAGGUUAUCUUGAAGGUGAUUCAAGACGUGGCGAUGGAAUGGCCAGGGCAACUGCGCUUAAAGGCAAUGGUGAUGAGAACGAUUUUGAAGUGGAAUAUGUGGACUCGGCAGCAAGUCGAGGUUUGCCUUUUUCGCAAUUGAGCCUUUCUCAAGUCUCUUCUAUCAACUAUUAUACGAAGCGGUUCAUCUACGAAUGUCGAUAA